GUGAUGUUUACAAGCCGGAUGAUGGACGGCUAAUGUCGAGCGAGAAGGUUGCAUUUACUUCGUAUAUCACAACGACCUUGAUGCCGUAUCGCUAUAAAUGGCAUCUCAGAUCCCAAUAACCAUCAGGGCUCAACCGACAGCCGCCAGCUCUGCCGCUCUCCGGGGGAAGAAACGUGCCGGGAGUCCGGCGGUGUCAGCCGUCCAGCAGGCCACCGGGAGCGGCAGCAAGAAGAAGAAAGCCCCGCAGACAGCGACACCGACAGCACAGACACAGAUGACAGUGGUAGAGACGGUGUCAGAGGUGAAGCCGGCGGGAUCAGUAGACAGCGGUCCAACGGCCACCGCAGAGUCCACAGCAAAGCCUCCACCAUUCAAAGACCCCUCAUUUAUGCAUUCUGGGAUUGGUGGAGCGGCAGCAGGCAAAAAGAACCGGACCUGGAAGAAUCUCAAACAGAUUCUGGCAUUGGAGCGGACGUUACCCUGGAAGCUCAAUGAUCCCAAUUACUACAACAUCGACGCCCCUCCCUCCCUGAAGCCAGCUAAGAAAUACUCUGACAUCUCUGGACUCCCAGCAAACUACACAGACCCUCAGACAAAACUACGCUUCACAUCCUCUGAAGAGUUCUCCUACAUCCGUCUCCUCCCCACUGAUGUUGUAACGGGCUACUUGGCCCUUCGAAAGGCAACAUGCAUCGUACCUUGACAGCAGAGAGAUACCUGGAACCUGAGACGGUUUCAAACCAGAACUGAACUCAUGUCAGUGUAGUAGCCUUUUGGGGAGGCCAGGAGACUCUGAGAGCUCACAGAGAGGCAACCCAGAUGUGAAUACCACUGCAAACGUUUUUGCUGACCUCUAAAAAAAACAUCUGCACUGCUGUUAUUAAGAAGGUGAUCUCAAUCAUAAAUGUUACUAUGACAAAAUAAAUUGAAAAAGUGUGAUUUUUUUUUUCCAUUUAGAAAGAAGAAAAAACUUUAAAUGAUUUGCCUUAUUGCUCUGUUUGUGAGACGUGUUUCUAUUGGAUAGUGUUGUUAUCAAUAGCUGGAAGUUAUAAUGUCACUAUCAGAGAACAUCCAGUGAACUGGACAAUUCUGAAAUGGACAAAACUGGAUAUGUUUUAUUCCUUAAAGUUAAGAAAUUUAAUACAUAGUUAAAUAUAACUGAAAAGAGAGAAUAGGCUAUUAUUUUGCUUAUUUGUAAAAUUGUAUUUCUCAGAGUCCUGGAAUAUAUUUUCUAAUUAAGUGUUCUACAAACCCUUGAGCAAGUUUGGACCUUCUAAAUCACUGUGGAACAAGUACUGAAUAAAAAGCAUCACUGGCUAGGAUGCUGUCUGCCCCCUUGUGGUAGAACAUCUGUUUCCAGUGGUGCAAGUUUCUUAUGUCUUCUACACAAAAAAUGUGAAUAUCUAUUAGUGGAAGUUCAAUCUGAUUGGUGUAGAGAAAACUUGUAGACAAAGAUGUUGCACAGCUGUUGGAAGGAGUUCGUCCAUUUUAGACUGACUGUCAGUUACUUUUCUAUAAUGUACCUAUUAAAAGUGAGUGCGUCUCUUUUCCAUCA